AUGAACCUUGAGAAGGCUGAGCAGACCGAAAGCGUCGCACAACCACCCAAGGUCUUCCGCGAACACACGUUCUCCGCCGUCAAGUCCCCCGAGCCAAAGUCAACAGACUCCCAACACAGCCUUCGUCUUUUGAGCCAACGCUCAUCAAGCCCCAAUUGGCCACAGCACACGGAGCGAUUCACGCCGCCACCCACGCUGAGCCGCCAGCACCCGUCCCGGCCAGGGAGCUCUGCCAACGAGCUCGAAAACAACACCAACAGCGCAAACAGCGCGAACGCAGCGUCUUGCCCAAGUGCUGCGCAUCCAAGCCGGUGCAGCAGCGCAACAACAGCCGCAAUGCAGGCCCAGCCACAGCAGCAACAACAGCACCGCCUCACCCCAGGCAGCCACGCAAGCAAGCCACCCACACCAAGCAGCUUCGCAGUUCCGCAACAACAACAACAACAACAACCGCAGCAGCAACAACAACAACCACACAUACAGCAGCAGCAGCAGCAGCAGCAGCAGCAGCAAGUGCCUCGCUUCCAAGACUUCGAUGUGCCAAGUGAUCCGCGAAGCAGCAGCAGAGGGCCGCCACUGCGCCAGAGCUCCUUCCACGGCAUGACCAGCCCAUCCCACACAACCGCACGCCCCAUGCCUGCACGCCACGCAAGCCUGGUCAACGUCUAUCAAGGCUCGCGCACAGCCAUGCCGUCACGCCUCGGCAUGAUGCAGGAUGCCGCGCACUUCAUGCCGCCGCCACCAGCCCCGCCUGGGCAGCAGCACCAACAACAACAGCAGCAGCAGCAGCAGCAGCACUACCAACAGCAGCGGCAGCAGCAGCAACAAUCCGUCGCGUAUGGCGUUUAUGGCAGCAACGAGGGCAGUGACGAGGGCGUGCAUGCCCAACAGCACCACUUGCAGCUGCCAUACCAACAGCCGCAGCAGCACCGCCACUCUGCGCCGCACAUCUUCACCUUUGAUGAGCGCGAAUACCAUGGCGGACCAGGCUCCCCGCACGCCAGCCAGCACACACCUUUCCAGCGCUACCAAGCCACACCCCAGCACGUGUACCCGGAGGAAGAGUAUCAACAUCAGCAGCAGACGCAGCAGCAGAUGCAACAGCCGCAGCCACGCCACCACGGGCAUCAUCUCGCCCACCCACAGCAACACCACCACCAGCAGCAUGUCUGGGCAGGCCACAGCCCAUACCACAGGCCCGCCGCCGUGCCCGGCAGCGCCAGCGGCAACACCAGCGCCACCAGCAGCCCGGCCAAGGUCCGUGUCCACCGCACGGGUGGCGGGCGUGUGAGCAAGACGCGGCGUCCUCGUGGGGCGCUGAUGCGGCGCGGUGGCUCGCUCGACUCUGUGCUGCACCGGCGCCAGCUGUCGCCAACACUGCAGCAGGACUUUGAGGCUCUGCAGCAGAGGUACGCACAACACCGCACGUCAGCGGACGGCAGCCACCUGGAGAAGCCCCCGCUCUCUUUCCCGUGCAUCAUCGGCAUGGCCAUGCUGGACAGCGAGGAGCGGCAGCUGGCCGUGGGCGACCUCUACCGCAACAUCUGCGCGCGCUUCCCGUACUUCAACACGGCCAAGAAGGGCUGGAAGAACUCCAUCCGCCACAACCUCUCCCUGAACAAGUUCUUCCUGAAGGUGGAGCGCGCGUCCAGCGACGACGGCAAGGGCAACCUGUGGGGCCUCAAGCCAGACAUGGUCGAGCUCAUGAAGCGCGACAUUGUCAUGUGCGAGAAGAGGAUACUCGCCAAGCGCGAGAAGCAGCGCAAGGCGCACAUGCUGCAGCUGCCGGAGGUGGCAGAGACGUCAACAGCAGCGGCGACAUCUGGGUCGGGCUCCGACUCCCCUGGCAGCCCGCUCUCCGCCGCCGUGCCGUGGACAGCAGACUCGCUCGCAUCGGGCAACACAUCUGCAACCAGCGCACAUGCACAGCAGUGGCACAGCUCCACUGCAGAGCAGCAGCAGCAGCAACUGCAACAGGCUGCGUCCCCUGCAUCAUCGUCGCACUCGCUCGCAGGCACCAACCCUUACGACCUGGCCAUGCCCGUGGACGGCCAGCCGCGCGACCCCGAAUCGUACGUGCAGCAGCACCUGCUUUCGUCCAUGCCGGCGCAGAUGGAAGCCAGCUCCCCAUGCAGCAGCGUCGACAUGCAAGGCCCAGACAGUGCACACCACUACCAGCAGGAUGAAUUGCAGCAGCAGCAACAGCAGCAACAGCAGGUUGGCUCGCCGCGUCGCAUCAGCCGGGCGGCGCGGAAAGGGCCUGGGGGUGCACGCAUGCGUCGCGGCGCCACGAUGCACUCGCUGCUCAACGCAUCCGCGCCAUCGCCAAACAAGACCCGAAAGCGCUCGCACGCAGAGAGCGAGUCUGCUCCCCAAAGCGAGGGAGGGCCAAGCCUGCCACGACGGGCAUCGGCCAUGCUCUUCAAGGACGCGGACAAGGCAGGUCUGCUGCCGUCCACAUGGCCCGCCCCGCACACACCCUCAAAGUCACUGCACGUGGAUGAGAGCGGGCAGGGGCACACCAACACAGGCACGCCCUGCAACCUGCACUCAUCAUUCAGCCGCGUUGCGAGCGCCGAUGGGUUUGGCUCUGGCGACAUGAUCUCAGAUCCGCUGCCGCUUCUCGACGCGGAAGCACAGGACCACCUCGCCCUCCCGUUUCAGUUGACGCUGGACGAACGUGGUGGACUCAAGGACACGUCCACUGCUCCCGACCCCAUCUUUGGCUCCCUCGGCAUUGACGCAGACCUCCACCUCGAGGACCUCGAGGAUUUGAACUGGGACACACUUGGCAGCGGAGAAGACGUGCUGAAAAGCCUCGAGCUCAACAUCGAUGAGCAACUGCCUACAAGCAUGGAUCUGUCUUGCUUCCAGUGA